AUGUCAUUGGAAUCUCUUCCGGUUUUGACGUUAGCGGAAUGUGAUCCUUCAACAAAGGCUUUUAUAAAAAACAACCUUGAAAAAUUUAAUCGCCUGUUCGAUAAAUGGAAUAUGCAAGAUUCAGACUUUGUGCUGUCCAAUCGAACUGUGCAUCGUUUCAAGAAUCAACAACGCCACUUCAUCCACUUUGAGGAGUUUUGCCAUUUGAACCGCCGUUUGCGUAAGGCUUGUACUGGUCGCAGCAAUUUUUGCAUUAAGCAUGUCAUUCGCAGUUUGGACUCAAUAAGCGAACAUAAUCAAUGUGUUAGUCGAAAUUGUAUCGAUUUUCUACUUUUGGCAGUCAAAAAUUGGCACGAUGAAGUCUGUGUCAUUCGCUCAUUAGCCACAAACUGUUGGAAACACACGGAGCGACAAAUGCUGACUGGACACUUUGUAAAACUUGCAACUCUAAUUCUCUGCAUUCUAUCUCGAGUUCUUAUUAUGUCGGAAGUAUCAAUAUCCUCAGCAGUAGAAUUAUACAACUCCGUUUGGGCAAUCCGCGAUGAGGUUCCAAGUGUUGGGAUAUCCGUCGAUUACCUAAGCUGUCUUCCGCAAAGUAUAUCUUUUGAGUCAAUUAUUACACUCAAUAAAGCAUGUACAGCCUUUCUUAAACUUACUCAGGAAAUUGAGCCAACAGAAUCCAUUUUAACGUCUUCAAAGAAAACACCUCAAACUACUUCUAAGGCAUCGAAUUUAUUUAGUGAGAUAAGCCCACUUCCUAAAGCAUCCAAAAUGACUCCUAAAAAUAAGAGCAGCACUAAUGACAGACAUUCUAAUAAUCCAACUCCUGUUGGGAAUAACCCGAAGAAGGUUAAUCCUCAAAAGGAGCGACAACAACUAGUCUCAGCGUAUGUGGCAGAAAAGAACAUAGUGGAAAUUCUCUCCCCAUCCAAACGAGAUGGCCUACCCUGCAUUCUUGUGGAUGUUUCUAUGCUCUCCGAGGACUUCAAACGUGCUCUAAGUGGAGAGGCGGGUUUGGAUAGAUUAGUCCAAUUCAUAGGACGUCUCUCCCUAUCUCCGGGGAACAAGAAAACAUGGUGUCUUCUAGCAAUGGCCUACAAAUUUAUGGACGGAGUGAAUCUACAGUCGUAUAAAGAGGUUGUGCGAAUCACUCGGCCCUACGCUAAAGCUAUAAACUUUUAA